GAAUGACAAAAUACCUCAAUUAAGAAGAUUUGAUGCAAAUCCCUGUUGUCUGUCCACUAUGGCCUUGAAUAUGUAAAAGUGUGAGGUUACUACUAAGAAUCUGACAAACAAGUAGUGUUCAGCCGAAUCUGUACAUGGCAUGAUCUGCCACUACGGGUCUUAAUCACACCAUGGGGUUAGAAGCCACUGUAAUUUGGAUAACAUGGCUUGAAGAUGAUGUAAAUCUAUAAUCUCAGGGAAGUGUUAUCGGGCGCCUAGGCUUCUGUAAAGAGGCUCAAAAAGAAUGGGAACUUGUACUGAGAAGUCACUCAUAUUACCCCUUACAUACGUAUAUACUGCUGCUACUGCUGCUACUGCUGCUACUGCUGCUACUGCUGCUACUGCUGCUACUGCUGCUACUGCUGCUACUGCUGCUACUGCUGCUACUGCUGCUACUGCUGCUACUGCUGCUACUGCUGCUACUGCUGCUACUGCUGCUAUUGUUGCUACUCAUGGAGCUCCUCUUUCGUUCUUUUUUUUAAAAUACUUUAACACUGGUCAUAGUGGAUCUGCCAUAUAUCGUUAGUUACUGCCAACACAACACCUGCCUCCUACCCAAGUAAUGUAAAGAAAGAGCAACUGCUAAUGAGUCUGGG